GGGAUCACGAACCAUGGGUCCACAAUCUACCAAACCCGGCAUUGCGACAGUAGACGCCGCAAGAGGAGCACUUGCACAACUUUCUUUCGGUAACCAAUAACAUGAGGAGCUGGCUGUUAUGUCUGUGUGUGCUGACGGUGGUGGUGUCAUGCUACUCCCAAGCCAAUCGCUACGAGAACUUCAACCCUGAUGCCAUCGUACAAAACGACAGGAUUCUGCUAGCUUACUACAAGUGCGUGAUGGACAAAGGACCUUGCACGAGAGACGGCAAGAAUUUCAAACGUGUUCUACCAGAGACGCUGGCCACCGCGUGCGGGCGCUGCAACCCUAAACAGAAGACGAUCGUGCGCAAGCUUCUCCUGGGCAUCAGGUCCAAGAGCGAACCUCGUUUCCUAGAACUCCUGGACAAAUACAACCCUGACCGCUCCAACAGAGAUGCUUUAUACGCCUUCCUUGUAACCGGUGCUGUCGCCGAGUACAGCACUCAGCUGUUAGACAGUGAUCGAGAUUCACCUAUCAGUGUAAGGAGGCCAGUAAUCAUGAAGGUAGCGCUACUCACACUCUGCUUCGCUCUUGGAGUCCUCGCACAGGAUAUGUACGAGAAUGCCAACGACAACUUUGACAUCUCUGAGGUUCUGGGCAAUGAAAGGCUCCUCAACUCCUAUGCUAAGUGCCUACUCAACAAGGGACCUUGCACUCCAGAAGUAAAGCAAGUUAAAGAUAAAUUGCCGGAAGCUCUGGAAACUCGGUGUGCAAAAUGUACGGAUAAACAAAAGCAAAUGGGCAAGACUUUGGCUCAAGAAGUGAAGAAAAAUCAUCCCGACAUCUGGAAGCAACUGGUGGCAAUGUACGACCCUGAAGGCAAAUACCAACAAGCGUGGAAGGACUUCCUCCAAGAAUAAAACCGUAUAUGAAAAUAAAUACACCAUAAACAUUCCUAUCAAUUUUAAAAUUAAAAUUACAAAUAAUUAUUGUCUAAAUUAAUACAAAUAAUUAGAAAAUGAAGCAACAUAUUACAAAUAUUGAUGGUCAA